GUCACUCACUCUCACACACGAUCCUGCCCACUCCUCAGUUCCCACCAGCAGCAGCAGCAGCAGCAGCAGCUCCUCCUGUGGUUCUGAGUCCUGCUGUGAUUUCACGUCACUUGGAUCUGUACAGGAACUUUUCAAGGAUUUUUGUCUUUGUGUUUCGUCGCAGCAUGGAGCUCACCACUGGGGAAUAUGACAGCUAUGAGUAUUAUGAUGACAAUGAGACUGAUUGUGACUUCUCAGAGUGGGAGCCCUCUUACUCCCUCAUCCCGGUCCUCUACAUGCUCAUCUUCAUCCUGGGCCUGUCGGGUAACGGCGUGGUCAUCUUCACCGUCUGGAGAUCCAAAUCUAAGCGUCGGGCUGCAGAUGUCUACAUAGGGAACCUUGCCCUCGCUGACCUCACCUUUGUUGUAACCCUACCUCUCUGGGCUGUGUACACAGCGCUGGGUUACCACUGGCCCUUCGGCGUGGCUCUGUGCAAGAUCAGCAGCUAUGUUGUUCUGGUCAACAUGUACGCCAGUGUGUUCUGCCUCACCUGCCUGAGCUUUGACCGCUACCUGGCCAUCGUGCACUCCCUGUCCAGCAGCAGACUGCGCUCACGGGGCACCAUGCUGGCCUCCUUGGGUGCUAUUUGGUUCCUGUCCGGCCUGCUGGCUGUGCCCACGCUGCUCUUCCGCACCACCGUGAACGACCAAAACAGCAACAGGACCACGUGUGCCAUGGACUUCAGCCUGGUGACGAGGAACCAGAGGCACGAGUUCUUCUGGAUCGCCGGGCUCAGCCUGUCCUCCUCUGCGUUGGGUUUUCUCUUACCUUUCCUGGCCAUGACAAUCUUCUACUGCUUCAUCGGCUGCACCGUCACACGCCACUUCAACAACCUCCGCAAGGAGGACCAGAAGAAGAAGCGGCUGCUGAAGAUCAUCACCACACUGGUGGUGGUGUUUGCCAUCUGCUGGACUCCCUUCCACGUCCUGAAGAGCAUGGACGCCCUGUCCUACCUGAACCUGGCUCCGACCUCCUGCGGGUUCCUGCGUUUCCUGCUGCUGGCUCACCCCUACGCUACCUGCUUGGCCUACGUCAACAGCUGCCUCAACCCGUUCUUGUACGCCUUCUUUGACCUGCGUUUUCGUUCCCAGUGCCUGUGCCUGCUCAACCUGAAGAAGGCUAUGCAUGGCCAGAUGAGCUCCAUGUCCUCCACGCUCAGUGCCCAGACUCAGAAGUCAGAGGUUCAGUCUCUGGCCACCAAGGUGUAGAAAGUAAAAAGAAAGGUGGAGCGGCGGGGCUGCGGGUCGGUCCCAGCUCCAACCACUGGAACACUUGUAAAAAAAGAAAGAGAGAGACAGACUUUACGUGUCCGUUGUUCAAAGCUGGUAAGACGAGAUGAUGAACUUUGUCACUGCUCACAGUCAUGAAAUCCAUAAGAUGUUCCACCGUGACAGAGAGGUGGAUGCUCUGCAUGUUGAAGCUGGAGCUGAGCUCCAUCAGCAAAUUCUCAGAGAAGAAGAAGAAGAAGAAAAAAAAGAAAAGUCUAUUUUUGUUUUGUCCUGCUCUGCAAAACUUUCUCAUUUCUCUGAUGUCGGGAAUUUAAAGUUGGAAAUCUGUUUACACUGGAUGAAGCAUAAAAGCUGUACAGUAUUUUCAUAUCAUAGCAAUUUUCUUUUUUGUGUGUGUGUGUUCAGAACUAUUGUUGCUGUUUUGUUUUAGAAGCACUUGUUUUAUUUCCUUCUUCAUGCGCAGGGAACGACAGAGCAGCGUCCGCUUUAAAGCCUGUUUGUGAAGGUAUAGAAGAAAGCUGCGAGAGGAGGGGUGGAGGUGGAGGUGGAGGUGGAGGGGAGCGUAAGAGGAGAAAAGGUGUUGCAGCUUAAUUAUAUAGUUUGUGCAGAGAGACGAGGUAGAGGAGGCGGGGGGGCAGACAGGCAGAUGGGCAUUUUACAAAUGUUGUUUGUUGGGGGGGGGGGCAGAACGGGGCGGGGUGGGGUAAAAGACGGGUGGAGGGGUUUCGCUGUGUAGUCACGGCACUAAAGGGGGACAAAGAAAACUCUGUAAAUAAAUGUUCCAGUUUGAUGCAUAUGUUUUAUUUUUUUGACACCACUGUAACUAACUACUGCAUUAAAGACGUGUUCUAUGAAGCCGAGUGUGUGAACGUUCCACUCCAUCAUUAAAAGUCGUAGUUUCA